CCCGUGUCCGGGCACGCGCAGCGCGCCCCCUUGGUGCGCGGGCACAGCAGCCAGGCUGCCGGAGAGCUGAUCUCGGGGAUUCGGGUGCGGAGCCCUUGGCCUGGAGGCGAUAUGGGUGGUCCGUGGCCUGGUUCAGUCGUUUGCAGCCGCCUAGGGAACAGGCCUGUCUGGCCCUAAGGGAGCCCUCUUUCGAAGUGGUGGUGCUCAGAAGACCUGCUCUCUGCGUUGCUGGGCACCUGUAGGUGUCCCUCGAGAGCUCAGUUUUGAGGUUCAAGUCAGUGUGGCCAUGAAGGGGCUGCCUAUUGGGCUGAUGCUGUGACCCCGGAGUCUUCCUCUCCUGCCAGUCCCCCUGCCCGGAACAUGUGGCUGCAGCCCUCGCUGUCCCUGAGCCCCACGCCCACAGUUGGCCGGAGCCUGUGCCUCACCCUGUGCUUCCUCAGUUUGGUGCUGAGGGCCAGUACCCAGGCCCCAGCACCCACAGUCAAUACUCACUUUGGGAAGCUAAGGGGUGCCAGAGUACCGUUGCCCAGUGAAAUCCUGGGUCCUGUGGACCAGUACCUGGGGGUACCCUACGCAGCUCCUCCCAUCGGCGAGAAACGUUUCCUGCCCCCUGAACCACCCCCAUCCUGGUCGGGCAUCCGGAACGCCACACACUUUCCCCCAGUGUGCCCCCAGAACAUCCACACAGCUGUGCCCGAAGUCAUGCUGCCAGUCUGGUUCACUGCCAACUUGGAUAUCGUCGCCACUUAUAUACAGGAGCCCAACGAGGAUUGCCUCUACCUGAAUGUGUAUGUGCCCACGGAAGAUGGAUCCGGCGCUAAGAAACAGGGCGAGGACUUAGCGGAUAAUGACGGGGAUGAAGAUGAAGACAUCCGAGACAGUGGUGCUAAACCUGUCAUGGUCUACAUCCACGGAGGCUCUUACAUGGAAGGGACAGGCAACAUGAUUGACGGCAGCGUUCUUGCAAGUUACGGCAACGUCAUCGUCAUCACCCUUAACUAUCGGGUCGGGGUGCUAGGUUUCCUGAGCACUGGGGAUCAGGCUGCCAAGGGCAACUAUGGGCUCCUUGAUCAAAUCCAGGCCCUUCGCUGGGUGAGUGAGAAUAUUGCCUUCUUUGGAGGAGAUCCCCGUAGAAUUACUGUCUUUGGCUCUGGCAUCGGUGCAUCCUGUGUCAGUCUUCUCACACUGUCUCAUCAUUCUGAGGGGCUUUUCCAGAGGGCCAUCAUCCAAAGUGGCUCAGCUCUGUCUAGCUGGGCUGUGAACUACCAACCAGUGAAGUACACCAGCCUGCUGGCCGACAAGGUGGGCUGUAACGUCCUGGACACUGUGGAUAUGGUGGAUUGUCUUCGACAAAAGAGUGCCAAGGAACUGGUGGAACAGGACAUUCAGCCAGCCCGCUACCAUGUGGCUUUUGGCCCUGUGAUUGAUGGUGACGUCAUUCCUGAUGACCCUGAGAUCCUCAUGGAACAGGGAGAGUUCCUCAACUAUGAUAUCAUGCUAGGCGUCAACCAGGGUGAGGGUCUCAAGUUUGUGGAAGGGGUGGUGGACCCUGAGGAUGGGGUCUCUGGCACUGACUUUGACUACUCGGUCUCCAAUUUUGUGGACAAUCUGUAUGGCUAUCCUGAGGGUAAAGACACCCUGCGGGAGACUAUCAAGUUCAUGUAUACAGACUGGGCAGACCGAGACAACCCUGAGACCCGCCGCAAAACCCUGGUGGCUCUCUUCACUGACCACCAGUGGGUGGAGCCUUCAGUGGUGACAGCUGAUUUGCACGCCCGCUAUGGCUCGCCUACCUAUUUCUACGCCUUCUACCAUCACUGCCAGAGCCUCAUGAAGCCCGCAUGGUCAGAUGCAGCCCACGGGGAUGAAGUGCCCUAUGUUUUUGGUGUCCCUAUGGUAGGUCCCACUGACCUUUUCCCCUGCAACUUCUCCAAGAACGAUGUCAUGCUCAGUGCUGUUGUCAUGACCUAUUGGACCAACUUUGCCAAGACCGGGGAUCCCAACAAGCCGGUACCCCAGGACACCAAGUUCAUUCACACCAAGGCCAACCGCUUUGAGGAAGUGGCCUGGUCCAAAUACAAUCCCCGAGACCAGCUCUAUCUCCACAUCGGGCUGAAACCAAGGGUUCGUGAUCACUACCGAGCCACCAAGGUGGCCUUUUGGAAACACCUGGUGCCCCACCUGUACAACCUGCAUGACAUGUUCCACUAUACAUCCACGACCACCAAAGUGCCGCCCCCGGACACCACCCACAGCUCCCACAUCACCCGUAGGCCCAACGGCAAGACCUGGAGCACCAAGCGGCCAGCCAUCUCGCCUGCCUACAGCAAUGAGAAUGCUCCUGGGUCCUGGAAUGGGGACCAGGAUGCAGGGCCACUCCUGGUCGAGAACCCUCGAGACUACUCCACUGAAUUAAGUGUCACUAUCGCUGUGGGGGCCUCCCUCCUGUUUCUCAAUGUGUUGGCCUUUGCUGCCCUCUAUUACCGUAAGGACAAACGGCGCCAGGAGCCCCUGAGGCAGCCUAGCCCCCAAAGGGGAACUGGUGCCCCUGAAUUGGGAACUGCUCCAGAGGAGGAGCUGGCAGCAUUACAGUUGGGUCCCACUCACCAUGAGUGUGAGGCCGGCCCCCCACACGACACACUGCGCCUCACAGCAUUGCCCGACUAUACCCUGACCCUGCGGCGUUCCCCUGAUGACAUCCCACUCAUGACCCCCAACACCAUCACUAUGAUUCCUAAUUCCCUGGUUGGGUUGCAGACCUUGCACCCCUAUAACACCUUUGCCGCAGGGUUCAAUAGUACCGGGCUGCCCCACUCACACUCCACUACCCGUGUAUAGCUCUAUCCCAGAGCGCACCCCAGCUCCCAGUUCCCAGCUCCCCUACCCCGACCCACAAACACACAUGCACACACAUACACAUAUAUGUACACGCACGCACCCACACCCUACAGCAGACCCAUCUGCACAAACACAGACAGAUGUGGACAUGCACCCGCAUGUACAAAAACACAAAUCCAGACGUGAACCUGAAUAGCCCUUCAAAUGGGGAUACAUAUGAGUCCUUGGUACCAAGGGCCCAUGGACUAGCAGCUGGAACCAGCUCCUUGAGCCUGACCACAGACACUCCUGGGGCCCUGGAAGCCACAGCCGGACACCCCCUUGGUGCUUGCCUUCUCGGAACUGCACCUCUCCCAACUGCAGACUCGGGAGCUUUAAAGAGCAGACUAGCUCUUCCUCCCCCAGACUUGGUCUUUUCUCUGGGUCUUGUUUUUGUUGAUUUUUUAAAAAAAAUUGGAACCAAUGCUUUUCCAGCCUGUUGAGUGCUAAGCAGCUCUGGAAGGGAGGGUUCCGCGGUCAGGACUCUCUGGUUCCGGGGCCGCCAGUGUUCACACAAUCAGACCAAGGAGAAGGACCCUCCAAGACAGUGACACAUGGGCACAAGACUGUGGGGUGAGAGGAGGGAGAGGCUAGCAAUGGAUGGGGCUGGAGGGCCGUCCAUUGGAGGACAGAGCACCAGCUGGCUCUGGGCCUCCCAUAGAGCACUGCAGAGCCUACAGGGUGGCCUGCUUCUACAACGACCAGCAGCAGCAGUCUGACUGGAGGAGCCUAGCUUUGGAAAACUAAGAACUGUGGAGGCCCUGACCUUACUGGGCCCCUGGGUAUAUACUCUGGGUUCUGCCUCUGCCCUUGGGGACAUGAUAUCAGAAAUUUGCCCCGUUUUCUUUACAGUCUCUUUGUGUCUGUCAUUUCUCUUUCAAAACAGCGGUGUUUUGUUGUUGGAUUUUUU